AUGGUCGUGGGUGUGGUUGGCGGUGGGAGGGGCGGGGCCUCGGAUGCCCUGGACGGCAUGGAGGUCGGCGUCACCAAGGCAGUCCCAGUCGGGGCAGUGUCGAUGUGGCUCGGAGAGGGCGGAGCCCAGUGGAGACAACUUGAGAGACACAUCAUGAAGCUCAUUCCCGAAAUUGUGGAAGAAGGAUACAAGCUCCCCCGUGGUACGCGGCGUCCGCCUGGUGAGGCAGGUGAGGUAAGAGGACAGCGUCAGCAGGGGAUCCUCGCCGCCGCAAGUGGGAGUGAGGAUGGUGGAAAUACACUUUCCAGUUUCGUGAGAUCUAGGCAAAUCAUUAUCCCCGAAUCCCAUCCUAACACGGCUCUUGAGGCAUAUGUUGCACGGGUCGAAGGGGUGCGUCUCGAACUUGGAUGUGGAGGCGUCAGUCAGGAAGGCCUGGAGGGGGGAGUUGGAGGUUACAUCACGGCCGUAGUGGCACUCCUGCCAACCACCUUGUUUGCUAUCCCGAGAACACUGCGACUUAAGGAACUCCAACUGGUGGCAGCAGGCGUAGGCGUAGUCCCGCAGCUGGCAGAGGAGAGCGCAGCAAUCAGGGUCCUUGGAUUGGUCGGAGCCCUUGGGUUUUAA